AACCACUCCCUCCUUAAUACAUAUCUGUCUGUCUAUAUAUAUAUCACUCACUCACUCUCUCUCUUUCUCUCUCACUCACUCACACACACUCCUUCUCUCCCGUCUGUCUUGUGAGUACACGGAACAAUCGCGAAAGAGGAAAAAAUAAUUUGGUUUCGCAAAUCUGUUCAACAAGUUGUUUUGAAGUUGUUUCAUCAUGCAAACGAUAAAGUGUGUUGUGGUUGGUGACGGUGCCGUUGGUAAAACCUGUCUCUUAAUAUCAUAUACGACCAACAAAUUUCCUUCAGAAUAUGUCCCAACAGUGUUUGAUAACUAUGCAGUAACAGUAAUGAUUGGAGGUGAGCCUUACACUUUAGGAUUGUUUGAUACUGCUGGUCAGGAAGACUACGAUAGGCUAAGACCCCUCAGCUACCCCCAGACAGAUGUCUUUUUGGUUUGUUUUUCUGUAGUGUCGCCAUCUUCAUUUGAAAACGUCAGAGAAAAGUGGGUUCCAGAAAUCACACAUCAUUGCCAGAAAACACCGUUCCUGCUGGUAGGAACACAAAUUGAUUUGAGAGAUGAUGCCGGUACAAUAGAAAGAUUGGCAAAGAACAAACAGAAGCCAAUAUCAUAUGAACAAGGAGAGAAGUUGGCCAAGGAAUUACGUGCUGUGAAAUAUGUUGAGUGUUCAGCACUGACACAGAAAGGAUUGAAGAAUGUGUUUGAUGAAGCCAUCCUUGCUGCCUUGGAACCUCCAGAGCCACCAAAGAAGAGGAAGUGUAUUAUUUUCUGAACAGUUUACCUGUUAUUUGGUGUGGACAAAGAAAAGACGGAAAAAAAAACACACACACUAAAAAGAACAAUUAAAAACUCAAUUGUAAUUUUCUUCACCAUCCAAUUUUUUUUUUUUUUUUUAAUUAAACGUUCUCUUUUUGCAACUUUUACCAGGUUUUCUUGGGUUUGGAGUUGCAGUGGAUAAAACAAACAAAUAAGAUGAAAUUCCUCCCCUCCAACAAAAAAAAAAAAGAAAAAAGAACAAAAAAUUAAAGCGUUGCUGGGCUUGAGUAGACAAUCUGUCAUGAGCUGUUAACUAGACUUGCCGAAUCGUCAUUCUUGUGGAAAUUUUGGGGUAUUUUGGCUGUCAGACUGUUCGGUACAAUUGAAAAUCUAGCUUGAAAUUGGUCAGAAAUAACCAUGUGUUUGUGUGUAUACAUGAAUGUCUGUGUGUAUAUAUGAAAGUGUGUGUGUGUGUGUGUGGCAUAUGUACCUUAGUGAUGAAUAACUAAUUAUAAGUAAAACCCCAAUUGGGGUGGGGAGUUAUUCUAAUAGGGUGUUUUUAAUCCACACUUUAAAAUAUCUACUGGAAUAAAAGUGCAUUUGAAAUUAAAUAUUCUAUGCUGUGCAUGUGUGAGUGAAUGGUGCAUGGCCUAGUGGUUAGAGUGUUGCACUCACGGCUGCUAGAUCAUGGGUUCAAUUCCCAGAAAAGGUGGCGCGUUGUGUUUUUUGUACAAAACACUUCCUUCACAUUUCUCCAGUCCCCCUUUUGGUGGGUGGGUGGUAUGGGGUUGACCUGUUGUCUGACCACUUUCAAAAGCUAAAACCAUCAUUCAUUCAAUGCAAAGAGUAUUGUGACCAGCAAUAUAUAAUGAGGUCUAAUAGUCAGGUUGGUCACAUGAUAUAUAUAUAUAGAUAGAUAUAUAUAUAUAUAUAUAUAUACGCACACACACACACACACACACACACACGCGCGCGCGCAUUACAUAAUGGGUCGUUUCUGAAAAGUUGAUUCUUGGCUUCAUUAAUUGCUCUGAGACCUCAUUUAAUUAGGGCUACAAUUACCAAGAUGGGAGUGCUAUCAUUAUUGAAUUCUUUGAAACAAUCACUGGAAUAUUUAUUCUUCAUUGUCUUAUGAUUAUUACAAACACUUGAGUUCAAAUACCACUCAGGUUUAACUUUUCAUUUCAUCCUUUCGGGGGUCAAUAAAAUAAAGUACCAGUGAAGUAGUGGGGGGGGGAGCAAUGUAAUCGACGACACCCCUCCCCUCCCAGCUUCUCCUAAACUUCCUGGGAUUGUACCAAAAUUUGAAACCAUAAUGAUAAUAAUAGCAGACAAAAUGCUAUGCAGUAUUUAAUGUUCCUUGACACUAUCAUAAUAUCCUGCUGAGGUCAACUUUAUCUUGCAUCCUUCUGAGGUCGAUAAAAUUUGAAAGUUUUUCCUUCACUUAAAUUUCUGGCUUUGUACCAAUGUUAGUUGCCAUUUAUUAUGGGAAUAAUUUAUUGUUCCAACACUGAAAACCACGAGAUCAGUUUUUUUUUUCCUUUUUGUUUCCCCCCACCCCCUUCUUAUUUUUACAUUUGAACCAUUUCUUUUAUCUAUGUGGUACCUUUUGAUAAUAAAGGGCAGCAGUUGGUCUACCAACUUGUGUGCGUUGGGAAGCUGGAUAUCAUUCAUGGCGGUUCUGUGAAUGACAUUAUUCCCAGUGGAUAUGUGGGCAAUGGAUAUUGUCCAUGGUGGCUGCACGGAUGAUGAAUUCCAUCAACCAUGGCUGUGGAAGAUGGGUGUCUGUUAGAUAUUCUACUUGUCACAGUUUUUUUUAUUAAAACAGAAUCUAACUUCAAAUUUAAAAGAAAUACUGAAGUUUCCAAGCUAAAACUAUUUGAUCUUUUGUCAUACAACUUCUUUUCUUUAAUUUUACAACUCUUUUUCUUUUAUUUUACAACUGAAAUAUAUAUAUAAAAAAAAAACACCUCCUUCAUUCUGAUUAUAGAAAAGGCAGGGGGAAGUUGGG